UUUGACGUGGCGCUGCUAAGGUUGGACAGACCCGUGAACUACAGGGCAAACAUUUUGCCAAUUUGUCUCCCCUCGGACCCAGAAGCGGAUUUCGAAGGAAUGAUGGGCGUUGUCGCUGGUUGGGGCAAAACUGACACUUCCUAUGGGAAGACAGGGACGAACAUCCUGAACAAAGUACCAGUGCCUGUGAUCAGCAACAGGGAGUGCAAGAAGUGGCACGGACUCAAGAACAUUCGAGUGGCACUGCACGACGAAAUGACGUGUGCUGGUUGGAUGGACGGCAAGAUGGACGCUUGCUUGGGAGACUCCGGAAGCCCGUUGAUAGUCAACGACAGAGGACGGUGGACACUGAUCGGCAUCACAUCCGCGGGCUUUGGCUGCGCAGUGGACCAUCAACCAGGAAUUUAUCAUCGCGUGGCCAAAACAGCC